GGAUUACUCAAAGAAGAAGCGGAAAAGGCCACAGUCAAGGUCCAGGAGUGGGUAGGGGGAUGCAGACCCUCCCCUGUAACUGAAGAUGGGUAAACUCCAACCGCAAGGCGAUGAUGCCACUUGUGGGCCCUCAGAUUGGAGAGGACUGAGAUGAGUGACAAGGGCGUGCGCACUGGGGCACCGAGCACAGACCGCAGAAGGGGGAUGUCUGUGCGUGCGGAGUGGAGGAGGGGGUAGUUCCUGGUGACUGGCCGCCAGCCCUUGGUGGGUGGUAGGGGGUGGUGGGGAGGAGGACGAGCUCGGCGGUGACGCGCGGUCCUCACGUGACCCGGAGCUGCAGAGCUACGCAGCCUUCGGUGCAGUCGUCACUAGCGUCUGGCUACCAGCUCCCCGCUGCCCUGCGCUCGGCGGGCUGGCAUCGGGCCCGGGGAUAGCGGAGCAGUUCGGUGUGGAACUGUUUGCGGCGAGGAGAAAGGAAGGAGAGGAGAAAACUGCACUGGAUCACGGAGGUCUUCCCAUAGGCCUGCAGUAGGGCUGUUUACCGUUGGAAGCAAGGGAAAGAGGAGGAGACCAAUCUAGAAGGAUGGAGAUCUGCCUGCAUAUCUGCUACAGGGCGUAAGAUCACUGGAAGCAAAGAAACAAAGAGGAGAUUGCUCCUGAUCAGUAUAGACUGGUCCAGAGAUCUCAUGAAUUUAUGUAUCUACUUUAGGGUGUAUUGCCAAGAUAAGCAAGAGGAGAGGAGGGAACUGCCUCGGAUCAUUACAGGUCCACCUCCAGUGGCAGCUGUAGUGGCCUUUGAGUGGCUGAAGACCAGCACCCUCACAGGCCUACACCCACAACUACCACUCUCUUUACCCCAGCCCAAGUGCGCUCUACCAUACCUUGUUCGUGCUUUCAGCAGGGGUGAUUACAUGGGCCGCACUCAGGAAGUGGGCUGGGUGACUGCAGGACUGGUGAUCUGGGCUGGCACCUGCUACUACAUUUACAAAUUUACCAAGGGAAGAGCCCAGAGUGUGAGGACACUUGCCAGAAAUGGAUCCACAGUUAAGAUGGAGACUGUGGUUGGGGUACAGAGCCAGACCUUGGCCAAAAGUGAAGCAGAGAUUAAGACUAAACCCCAGGCUGAGAUUGGAGCAGAAACUGGAACAAGAGGUGGGCCUGGGGCUGAAGUAGAGACCAAGGGCACUGCUAUAGCCAGACACAGAGCCAACUCUCAGGCCAAAACAAUGGUUGAGGCAGAGGCAGAGACUCAAUCUGAGUCCAAAGUGGUGGCUGGAACACUGGUCAUGACAGAGGCAGUGACUCUGACUGAGGUCAAGGCCAAAGCCAGAGAAGUGGCCAUGAAAGAAGCAGUGACCCAAACUGAUGCUGAGGCUGGCAAAAUAGUUAAGAAAGAAGCAGUGACGCAGACCAAGGCUAAAGCUUGGGCACUGAUUGCCAAGACAGAGGCCAAGAGAGAAGCAAUGACCCAGACCAAAGCUGAAACUCAUAUAUUGGCUGAAAAAGAGACAGAGAUUAACAGAGUAAUGGUUACACAGAGUGAGACCUUGGCAGUACCCAAGGAAGUGGUCAAGAUGGGGGCCACGAACAAGACUGGAAUUGUGGAUGAAACCAAGACAAGAGCUCUGGAAGAGACUGUGAGUGUGGCUAAGACUCAGUCUGAGGCCUGGCCUGGUGCCACAGUUGAUGCUAGGGGAAAUCCCAAUGGCAUGUCCAGGGAGGUGGCUGGAGUGGACGUGAAGUCCUGUGCACAGUCUCAGGCUGUCACCAAGAUCAAGGGUGAUGACAUGCCUGGUGCUGGGAUUGAGGACAUGGGGAAUUGCAAAACCAUGUCUAGGGCAGAGUCUGGGGAAGACACGAGGGCUUCUGCUCAGCCUCAAAUUGUUGCCAAAACCCAGACUGAGGCCAUUCCUGGGGCAAAGGUUGAUGCCGGGAAUAACGCCAAUGCCAUGUGUAAGGUGGGGGCAGGGGCAGAUGUGAGAGCUUGUGUACAACCUCAGACUGUGGUCAAGAAACAGGCUGAGGUGACGUCUGGUGCCGGGGUUGAUGGUAGGGGAAAUACCAAUGUCAUAUCUAAGGCAAUAACUGGAGCUGACAUGAGAGCUGCUGCUCAGCCUCAAGCUGUUGCAAGCGCUCAGGCUGAGGCCAUGUCUGAUGCCAAGGUUAAGGACAGAGGCAAUCCCAAUGCCAUGACUAAAGCAGGGGCCAGGGCAAACCUGAGGGCCAACUCCCAGGUUGAGGCCUUGCCUGAUGCCAGGGAUAAGAGCAGAGGCAAUCCCAAUGUUAUCGCUAAGGCGGGGGAUGGAACAGACAUGUUGUCCUGUACACAGCCUCAGCUUGUGGCCAGUGUUCAGGCUAAUACCUUGUCUGAUGGCAGAAUUAAGGUCAAGGGCAAUGUAAAUACCAUGCCUAAGGAAGGAGCUGGGGUGGAUAUGAAGGCUCAAGGUAUGGCCCAGAGCCAGGAAGCCUUACCUAAUACUAGAGGUAAGGCUAGGGGCAAAGCCAAAGCCAAGUGUAAGACAGGGUCUGGGAUGGACAUGAAAACCUGUACUCAACCUCAGACUGGGGUCAAGACCCCAGCUGAGGCCUUGCUUGAUUCCAGGGUUGAUGGUAGGGGCAAUCCUAAUGCCACUUCUAAAGCUGGGACUAAGGCAGACCAGAGGGCCUGUGGUCAGCCCCUGGUUGUGGCCAAUCCCCAGGGUGAGGCCUUGCCUGGUGCCAAGAAUAAAGUCAAGGGCAAUCCCCAUGCUGUGCUUAAGGUGGGGGCUGGAGAAGGUACAGCAGAUUCUGCCCAGCCUCAGGCAGUGGUCAGUUUCCAGGGUGAGGCCUUGCUUGGUACCAAGAAUAAAGUUAAGGGUAAUCCCAAUGUUGUGCUUAAGGCAGAAGUUGGAGCAGGUGCAAUGGGCACUGCCCAGCUUCAGAUUGAGGCCAGUUCCAAGGGUGAGGCUUUGCUUGAUUCUAAGAAUACGGUCAAGGGUAAUUCCAAUGCUGUGUCUAAGGCAGGGGCUGGGACAGAUACAACAGGCUCUGUCCAGCCCCAGAUUGUGGCCAAUUCCCAGGGUGAGGUCUUGCCUGGUGCCAAGAAUAAGUUCAGAGGCAAUUCCACUACUGUGCCUAAUUCAGGGGUUGGGCCGUAUACAACAGACUCUGCCCAGCCCCAGGCUGUGGCCAAUUCUCAGGGUGAGGUCUUGCCUGGUGCCAAAAAUAAGGUCAAGGCCAAUCUUAAUGCUCUGUCUAAGGCAGAAGCUGGGAUGGGUGCAACAGGCUCUGUUCAGUCCCAGGCUGUGGCUAAUGCCCAUUGUGAGACCUUGCCUGGUGCCAAGAAUAAGGUCAGGGGAAAUUGGAAUGCUGUGUCUAAGGCAGGGGCUGGGAUGGAUACAAGGGGCUCUGCCCAGACCCAGGCUGUGGCCAAUUCCCAGGGUGAAGUCUUGCCUGGUGCCAGGAAUAAGGUCAAGGGCAAUCCCAAUGUUGUGUCUAAGGCAGGGGCCAAAGAAGAUACAGUGGGCUCUGCCCAGCCUCAGGUUGUGGCUAACUCCCAGCGUGAGACCUUGCCUGGUGCCAGGAAUAAGGUCAAGGGCAAUCCCAAUGUUGUGUCUAAGGCAGGGGCCAAAGAAGAUACAAUGGGCUCUGCCCAGCCUCAGGUUGUGGCUAACUCCCAGCGUGAGACCUUGCCUGGUGCCAGGAAUAAGGCCAAGGGCAAUUCCAAUGCUAUUUCAAAGGCAGAGGCUGGGGCAGGCAUAAUGGGCUCUGUCCAGGUACAGGUUGUGGCCAGUUCUCAGGGUGAGGUCUUGCCUGCGGCCAAAAAUAAGGUCAGGGGCAAUUCCAAUGCUGUGCCUAAGGCAGAGGCUGGGGCAGAUACAGUGGGCUCUGCCCAGCCCCAAGCUGUCGCUAAUUCCCAGAGUGAGACCUUGCUUGGUGCCAGGAAUAAGGUCAAGGGCAGUACCAAUACUGUGCCUAAAGCAGGGACUGGGGCAGGCACAAGGCACUCUGCCCAGCCUCAGAUUGUGGCCGGUUCCCAGGGUGAGACCUUGCCUGGGGCAAGGGACAAGGCUAUGCCCAGCUCUGAGGCAGAAACCACAGCAGAAGAUGAGGUCUAUGCAAAGCCUGAGGCUCAGGCCAUGCCCAUUUCUGAGAGUGAGGGUGGGUCAGGCACUCAAGCCUGCAGAAAGACUCAGCUUAACAUCCAUGACUACUACUGGAAUGGGAUUGGUGUUGAAGAUUGGAUUGCUGCUGAGCGGUGGAUCAAAUUUAGAUUUCAGACCAUGGAUGGAGACUGGGAAAAUAGCGUGUCCUGGGCUGAUGAUGAGAAUGAAGCCAGUAUUGGGUCCUGGAGUGGGGCUAGUGAUAAGGCUGGGAUUAUUAGGUCUUGGGCUAUGGCUUGUGAUGAGGCCAGUGUUAAGUCCUGGGCUGGGGCCAGGGCUGAGAAUGAGGUUGGUAUUGGGACUUGGGCUAGAGCUGGGGAGCAGGCCAGUGGAGGGCUCUGGGCUGGGGGUCAGCCUAGUGAGGGGACCUGGGCUGGGGACAAGGCCAGUGGAGGGGCCUGGACUGGGGCUGAGAACCAGGCCAGUGGGGGGUCUUGGGUUCUCGCUGGGAAUCAGGCCAUUGGAGAGCUUUGGGCUGUGGGUCAGGCCAGUAAUGGGUCCUGGCCUGGAGGACAGGCCAGUGGGGUGUCCUGGGUUGGGGCAGAGGCCAUUGGAGGGUCCUGGACUGGGGCUGAGAACCAAGCCAGUGGAGGGUCUUGGGCUGGAGCUGGGGCUGGGAAUAUGAGUAGUGUUUCAUACUGGGCUGGCGUCGUGGAUCAGGCCAGUGGAGGGUCCUGGGCUGGGACUAGUGAUCAAUCUGGUGGUGGGUCCAAGCCUAGAUUUGAGGAUCAAGCCAGUGGAGAAGGGUCCUGGGCUGGGGCUGGUGACCAGGCUAGUGGAGGGUCAAGGUUGGGGCCUGAGGACCAGUCCAGUGGAAGGUCUUGGGCUGACACUGCAGACCAAGCCAGUGGAGGGUCUAGGCUGGGCCAUGUAGAUCAGUCCAGUGGUGGGUCCUGGGCUGGGACACUUGAUCAGUCUGGUGGUGGGUCCAAGCCCAUAUUUGAAAAUCAGACCACUGAAGAAGGGUCUUGGGCUGGGGCUGGUGGCCAGGCUGGUGGAGGGUCCAAGGUGGGGUCUGAAGACCAGUCCAGUGGAAGGUCAUGGGCUAACUCUGGGGACCAAAUCAGUGGAGGAUUCUUAGUUGGGGUUGUGGACCAGGCCAAUGGAGGAUCCUGGACUGGGGCUGGGCAUCCUGCUAGUGGUGGGCCAAAGCCUAUAUUUGAGGAUCAGGCCAGUGGCAGAGGGUCCUGGGCUGAUGCUGGGGACCAGGUUGUUGGAGACUCUAGGCUGGGGCUUAGGGACCAGUCUAGUGGAGAUUCCUGGGCUGGCACUGGGGACCAGGCCAGUGGAUGGUUCUGUGUUUGCCCUGGGAGUCAGACGAAUGGAGGGUCUUGGGGUGGGGCUAGUGGCCAGGAUGUUGGAGGGUCUAGGCCAGGGCCCACGAACCAGUCCAGUGCUGGGUCCUGGGAUAGCCCUGGGAGUCAGGUCAGUGGAAGCUCCUGGACUGGGGCUGGGGCUGUGGAUCAGGUUGGUGGUUGUUCCAAACCUGGAUUUGAGGAUCAGGCCAUUGGAGGGGGGUUCUGGCCUGGACCUGGGGACCAGACUGGUGGAGGCUCCAGGCCAGGGUCUGAGGAUCAGUCCAGUGGAAUAGGUUCCUGGGGUGUGGCUGGUGGCCAGGUCCUUGGGGGAGCUAGGCCUGCAGACCAGUCCAGUGGUGGGUCCUGGGCUGGCACUGGGAAUCAGGUCAGUGGAAGGUCCUGGAUUGGGCCUGGGAAUCAGGCUGGUGACUGUUCCAAGCCUGAAUUUGAGGAUCAGGCUUGUGGGGGAAGCUCCUGGGCUGGUGCUGGGAGCCAAGCCAGUGGAGAAUCCUGGGCUGGAUCUACGCCUGGGAAUGAGGCCACUGGAGGGUCUAGGAUGGGAUCUGAGGACCAGGCCACUGGAGGAUCCUGGGCUAGAUCUGAGGACCAGGCCAGUGGAAGGUUCCAGGUCAGUGUUGAGGUGGAGGCCAACGAAGGAUUCUGGUUUGGGCCUGGGGCUGAGGCCGUUAUAGGGUCUUGGUGCUGGACAGAGGCGAAAGCUGAUGUUGUGUCCAAGCCUGAUGAUAAAGAUGAGGCCGCUACUGCAUCCAGAUCGGAGGCUGGGGAAGAGGCCAUCAUUUGUUCUAGGACUGAGGCUGAGAACAAGGCUAGUAGUGGCUCCUGGAUUAGAUCUGAGGAGGUGGCUUAUAUGGGCUCCUGUGUAGGGGCUGAGGCUGAGGCUGAGGCUGGGGCUGAGGCUGGGGCUGAGGCUGAGGCUGGGGCUGAGGCUCUGGCUGAGACUGAGGCUGAGGCUGGGGCUGAGGCUGGGGCUCGGGCUGGGGCUGAGGCUGGGGCUGGGGCAGAGGCUGAGGCUGGGACUGGGGCUGAGGCUGAGGCUAGGGCUGAGGCUGAGGCUGGGGCUGGGGCUGAGGCUGAGGCUAGGGCUGGGGCUGAGGCUGAGGCUGAGGCUGAGGCUAGAGCUGGAGCUGAGGCUGAGGCUGAGGCUGAGGCUGAGGCUGAGGCUGAGGCUGGGGCUAGGGCUGAGGCUGAGGCUGGGGCUGGGGCUGGGGCUGAGGCUGGGGCUGGGGUUUGGUCCUGGGAUGGAGAUGCAACCACUGUAGAGUCUAGGCUUGGGGCUGGGGAAGAGGCUGGUGUAGAGUCCUGGACCUUGGCUAGGGAUGUGGGAGAGGAUGAGCUAAGUAGAGAGUCCAGCCCCGAUAUUGAGGAGAUCAGUUUAAGGUCUUUGUUUUGGGCUGAGAGUGAGAACAGUAAUACGUUCAGAUCUAAGAGUGGGAAAGAUGCCAAUUUUGAUUCUGGAGCUGGGGAUAACACCAGCAUCGAGGAUAAGUUUGAGGCUGCUGGUGGAGUUGAUAUAGGGUCUUGGUUCUGUGAUGGUAAUGAAAAUACAAAUGAGGACAAAUCUGCAUCUAAGGCUAAAGCCAAAAAGUCAUCUGAGUCAAGAGGCACAUAUCCGUCCAUGGUCCCUGGGGCAGGAAUGGGGUCAUGGGAUGGAGCCAUGAUCUGGUCGGAAACUAAGUUUCCACACCAAAGUGAGGCCAGUUUCCCAGUUGAAGAUGAGUCCAGAAAACAAACCAGGACUGGGGAAAAACCUCGGCCCUGGUCUUGCCGCUGUAAACGCGAAGCUAAUAUGGAUCCACGAGAUCUUGAAAAACUCAUUUGCAUGAUUGAGAUGACUGAAGAUCCUUCUGUUCAUGAAAUAGCCAAUAAUGCUUUAUAUAACAGUGCUGAUUAUCCUUAUUCUCACGAAGCUGUUCGUAAUGUAGGUGGAAUUUCAGUUAUUGAAAGCUUGCUCAAUAAUCCCUACCCCAGUGUUAGGCAGAAGGCUUUAAAUGCACUGAAUAAUAUCUCAGUGGCUGCUGAAAACCAUAGGAAGGUUAAAACUUACUUAAACCAAGUAUGUGAAGACACCGUCACCUAUCCCUUGAAUUCAAAUGUGCAGUUAGCUGGACUAAGAUUGAUAAGGCAUCUGACUAUUACCAGUGAAUAUCAGCAUAUGGUUACAAAUUAUAUUUCAGAAUUUCUUCGUUUGUUAACAGUGGGAAGUGGAGAAACUAAAGAUCAUGUUUUGGGAAUGCUUUUGAAUUUCUCUAAAAAUCCAUCUAUGACAAAAGACUUGCUCAUUGCCAGUGCACCGACAUCACUGAUUAACAUUUUUAGCAAGAAAGAGACAAAGGAGAAUAUUCUUAAUGCUCUUUCACUAUUUGAAAAUAUAAAUUACCAUUUUAAAAGAAGAGCAAAAGCAUUUACCCAGGACAAAUUCAGUAAAAAUUCCCUUUAUUUCCUAUUCCAACGACCUAAAGCAUGUGCCAAGAAACUUCGAGCCUUAGCAGCAGAAUGCAAUGACCCUGAGGUGAAAGAGAGAGUUGAACUAUUAAUAAGUAAACUCUGAUUUGCUGUAUGUUCCCAAACAAAUUUGAGUAACAUUUUGGUUUUGCACUCUGGAAGUAAUGCACAUUGUAAAUUGCAUUAUAACUUCGAAACUGAUGUUACCUAUGAUGGUCUAUAGCCAGACCAUUUUAUGAACACCAAAUGAAUUCAAGCUUGUACUAAAAAUACAUGUGUUGAUUUUUAUCUUGUCUGGAUUGAGAUAUUUUUAGUAUGCUUCAUGAGCAGAAACUGAACGGAUUCUUCAUAAGUAAGGUAAUCUUUGGUCCUUUGUGUGGACUUAUGUUUAUACAUUUAAGACUUUAUUUUUAUGUCAUCAAUAAAGUUGUGUGUUUUAAGCAGCAGAAAAAA